CCACCUGUAAUACAGGAGAAAAGUCAAAAAACAAAUGGAAAAAGAGGUGCUAAAAUGGAAAUGGAUAGCAACUGGGGCAAGCAUAUGGAUUCAGUGCAGCAGUGGUGCAUCCUACACCUUCGGCAUCUACUCUCCCAUUCUCAACUCCUCCCAAAACUACGACCAACAAACUCUCGACACCGUCUCUGUGUUCAAAGACAUCCGCGCUAACGCUGGAAUCAUCUCCGGCCUCCUCUAUUCCGCCGUCACCCUCGACCGCAACCGCCUAUGGCUCGGCUUAUUUGGGUCUUCAUGGGUGGUUCACGCUGCCGGAGCAAUCCAAUGCUUUAUCGGGUAUUUCAUGAUGUGGGCCAGUGUUGUUGGGUUGAUCCCACGGCCGCCGGUGCCUGUUAUGUGUUUGGGUCACCAUUGUGGGUAUUAUGAAGAUAAUUGAGCUAUUAGUCCUUUGAUUUUACUUUGUGUUAGUUAGUAUGAUUUACUUAAUUUGUAUUUGAUUUUAUUGUUGUCUACUGUUUGAUUAACGUUUAUUAAGGCAAA